CUUUCAAAAGAUCAAAGAGACAAGCAGACGCAGCGGAGUUUAAGGAGCUUCCACGAUGGCCUGGGAUGCCGACUGAGGUCCCAGGCGCGCUUCGCCAAGGUCAUAUGAACACCAGCGUUGUCAAAAAGAAAAUCAUGAGUAUGAUGAUGCAAUCUUUGUACUCGGCGCAGGAGCGACUCGGGCCCCUAGGGCCAAUCGUGGCCAAGUACGGUCAACUGACCCCCUACCGCAUGGCCUUCAUCUUUUUGAAGCUGGAUCAGCUGAUUCACGAGAGCCAUUCUAUCACGAUGUACAUAAAUAGACAGUCUCGCAACCCCCACAUGACGAUAACGAAACGCCUGCAGAUGUACUCGCAGCUCGUGCGGAGGAGUAUAGACGUUACUUACCUGGUGGACUACAUAAUGGAGAGAGUACCCAGAGACCAGGUGGUCAGGAUCCGGCAGCAGCUCAUCCGACACGAGCAGGAGAAGCUGAUGAAGGAUCUCGUCCUUUACGGCAAGACCACCACUAAACUGUUGCAGAGACCAAGGUCUUAA